GCCUGUAGGCGGCGGUAGAGCACAGUGUGGUGACCCAUUCAUUCGGCGCAGAAGGAGCGCACGCCGUGUGUGGUUUUGUUGAAGAUGGCCGAGUAUUUGGCCUCUAUUUUCGGGACAGAGAAAGACAAAGUUAACUGCUCUUUCUACUUCAAAAUUGGAGCGUGCCGCCAUGGGGACCGGUGCUCCAGACUCCACAACAGGCCCACUUUCAGCCAGACUAUUGCCCUCUUGAAUAUAUACCGGAACCCUCAAAACUCGGCCCAGUCUGCUGAUGGAAUAAACGCAGUCAGUGAUGUGGAGAUGCAGGAGCACUAUGAUGAGUUCUUUGAGGAGGUCUUUACAGAGAUGGAGGAGAAGUAUGGAGAGGUGGAGGAGAUGAACGUGUGUGAUAAUCUGGGUGACCAUUUGGUGGGAAAUGUCUAUGUGAAGUUCCGUCGUGAGGAGGACGCAGAGAAGGCCGUGCUGAACCUGAAUAACCGCUGGUUUAAUGGGCAGCCCAUCCAUGCUGAGCUUUCCCCUGUCACAGACUUCAGGGAGGCUUGCUGCAGGCAGUAUGAAAUGGGAGAGUGCACUCGAGGUGGCUUCUGCAAUUUCAUGCAUCUAAAGCCAAUCUCACGGGAACUCAGGAGAGAGCUGUAUGGCCGCCGACGAAAGAGGCAUCGCUCCCGCUCUCGCUCUCGCGAACGGCGCUCUCGUUCCCGUGACCGCAACCGAGGAGGUGGAGGUGGACGGGACCGCGAACGGCGGAGGUCCCGCGAUAGAGAACGCUCCGGAAGAUUUUAAAACCAUCCAUCUCUCCUCUUCCUGCUCACAACCUGCCCUCAAGUGGUCGUCUUCAGCCCUAAUGGCAAAAAAAAUUAACCAAUGUUGUGUUUUUACAUUACUUGACUUGGUCAUUUUUUUUUUCUGUAGCCCACCCCUUCCCAAUUUGUCCUGUAUCCCCUUUUUACAUACAUAGUUUUGGUUUCUCAAUAAAA